AAAUAUUAUCAAAUGAUUUUAUUCCUAAAGCCGGGUACACACACCAAAAAAAAUUAACAUCUUAAGAAGAUGAGAUCCCACGCACGAUGAGGGGGAAAAAUGGAUUUGUGUGCUUACUUCUCUUAUCGCGUGUGGAUAAUCUAUCAGAGACAUCCAAGAAUCGGGCCUUUGAUCGCAACUGGGGUAAAAUGCACAAACUGACUUUUUGGAUUGUAUUGUUUGUACUUCAUCGUAAGAGCUAUAAUCCAAAUGCAGCUGCACAUUUGAUGCACUUCAGAUGACUCCUCCUCCUCUGAAGAAGAAAGAACUCCAUCCUGUGUCCUUUCUGGACUUGCUUAAGACACCCUUGAUCAGGAGGAACACGCUCAUUUGAAUUUAUGCCUGGCAAGUUAGUUUGAUGAUCUUCGUGGUUGGACCGGAUUCCUUUCUCCAGUCAUGUAGAUGCCUUAAUUACCCCUCUGGAGGUUUUCAAGCAGUCGUGUGUUCUAUGGUCUGGUUUUGCAUCUGGGGAUCACUGGCGACAACCACUUCUUGGACUUCUUCAUCUCGUCGGUGGUGGAGCUCCCCACGGGCCUCGUUUUCUACCUGCCGGUCGACAGAAUUGGCCGCCGGUCCCUCUUAGCCGCGACCAAUUUAAUCGGAGGCCUCGUCCGCCUCGCCGCGCCCUUCGUUUCCUCAGGUUUCCUGGUUGAAAAAACCCAUGGCGUUCAUUGGGCGGCUCGCUAUUGCGACCGCAGUGGAGACGCUCAGCUUUGCUAACACAGAGCUGUAUCCAACCACUCUGAGGUGUGAAAUUGAUGAUUGUGGAUGUUUGUCACACACCUACCGCAAGACAAGACGAACAAAGUGCAAGGUGUAUGCUGUCAAAAUGAAACACGGUAAAGGAUGAGGGACGGUUCUCCGUAAGCCUGAAACCAAAAGUGACCUCAUCCAGCCAACAAUUUUCCAUCGAACAGCAUGAUGCAGUGGACCGCUGAAAUACCAAAUCUAAUAGAACCGGAAAAUGCAUUGAUCGAUUCACAGACCAAAGAACUGUUUUUAAUUUUGCCGUUCCCAUCCUUGAGCCUUCAUCGUGACAUUUGUGAGUGUAGGUGGUAUCAACAAAUCGCAAUUUGCUUUAUUUACUCAUUAAGCUACUACUUGCAUGACCAUGUCUUUUUGCAUAGAAAUCUGGGCGUGUCCGUGUGUUCAUCAGCCUGUGACGCCGGGGUCAUUGUGGCCCCGUUGCCGCUCUACAGGCUGGCAAGGAUCUGGCAGGUCGAAAAGGUUUUACCAAACUGAUACCGGGUUCUUGACAGGCGCCAUACAUAAAUAAAUGAGACAGCACCAUAAAUCCUGCGUUUUUGUUGUUGAAGGGUUGGUGACACUGUUGCCAGAAAUGAAGGGAGUCGUGCUACCAGAGACCAUCCAGGACCUGGAGAAUCUAAGAAGAAAACAAAACCAAUCCAAGGAAGCGAACGUCUCAAUGACGUGACGAAAGGAGGGAGUCUCAAGAAGAUAAGAUUUUUGCAUCCUUCUAUAUUUAAGGCCCUCUUGGAAUGUAGACAAACGUCUCCCAGGGAAUUUGCCCAAUUGAGCUCCAGUCCAAAGCACGUAUCCUUGACUGAUGGGAGAUCCUAAAUCGCUAAGCUUUUUUGGCUAUCUAAUGUGUCCAAGGCGUCUAACUUUGAUCAUUUCAAGGAUUUCCAGUGGGGCCUAUUCAUUUCCACUUGGAGCUUAAUUUAUUGCGUUUACGAGGCCUGUCCCUCUAGUGUUCGGAGAACAAAUUAGGAGGGGCUAGAUAUUGAUGUAUGACAUCAGCGCUCAUCUGUUACUUUAUCAUUGUUGCUCAUUUUUUGAAUCAUGUCUAUUUUAGAAGUGCCAAUAAAGUGACUUGCGAGAUUAAGCCCAUCUUUUUUAGCAUCUGCCUUCUUUGCCUUUUUUUUCUACCAUCCAGACAACAAUACCAGCGAUUGUUGAAGGACGUCCAUUUGUUACACUGUAUAUCUAAUUGAUGCGUGUUUUUGUUCAAGCUUUUUGUCCCGGUGAACGUUUACCCAGAAAAGGCCGAGGGCGGCCAACAAAAGCUGCCCCACAUACGUCGUGUCGACUGAAUGAGACGACCUGUACGCGUUAGCUAUGCCGAAGAUCACUGACGAAGAACGGGAAAAACUGGCCCACGUCAUCAGACGGUGGAACAACAACAGACUGGACUUGUUUGAAAUAAGCGAACCGGACGCAAAUCUGGUGUUCCAAGGCGUGAUGCGGUUCUACUUAGAAGAUCGCGCCGGCCGAAACAUUGCGACCAAAUGCCUGCGUUUUUGCAGCGAAGCUUCGACCAGCGUGGUGGUCGAAGCUCUAGCCGAGAAAUUCCGUCCAGAUAUGAAAAUGCUGAGCACUUGUUAUUCCUUGUACGAGAUCCACGGCAAUAAAGAACGUCAACUGGACCCGGAUGAGAGACCUUUGGCGGUUCAGUUAAACUGGAACUCGGAUAACCGAGAAGGACGCUUCGUGCUCAAGCAAAGCAAGGAGACGACCGAGGAGAGCUGUCACAUCAAGGAAAAGGCGGGCGUGAUUCAAACCUUCAAGAGGACUUUAUCGAGAAAAGACAAGAAAAACAAAAACAAAGUGUCUGACAGGCCUGCGGGGGAUGAGAACAGCGCAAGUCAAAAGCCACUGAAUGGCAAUCCAGACGCACCGGAACAGUCCAAAGGAAAGACAAGGCAAGGAGAGCGGACGGUUGACACAAACAGCCCCCCGCCUGACCUCUUCGACCAGCUUGGUUUACCACUUGGAAUUCAGCUCAGCGAUCACACCGAGGAAGCCUUCCUGGCGGCGGUCAUAAAUUACGCCAACAGCUCCACGGUUCACUUCAAGCUCUCGCCGGCGUACGCCCUCUACGCCGCAGGCCGCUUCGCACUGCAACGUCCGCACGCGUCGACGGGCUGCAUAACCUCCGUGGCGGACAAAAUGGUGGCCCUGACAAGCGAGGUCAUCCAGAGGCAGCAGGAUAUCGCCGGAGCUCUCGCCUUCUGGAUGGCGAACGCUUCGGAGCUGCUAAACUUCUUCAAACACGACAAGGACCUCAGCGGGCCCACGCGGCAAUGUCAGCUGCAUCUGUCCCGGCUGGUGCACAAAGCUUACACUCACCUGAUUCAGUGUGUACAGAUCGAGCUAAGCAAGUAUUUGCCAACCUUUUUGAUUGAUCCUGAGCAACUUGGUCCUCUUCCUGCUGGCAUAGAGAUGGUGAUGAACACUUUGAUGAACACCAUGUCGCUGUUACGCCGCCACCAAGUCAACCCGGCCCUCGCCAUUCAGCUCUUCUCCCAGCUCUUCCACUUCAUCAGCACCUGGCUCUUCAACCGCCUGAUGAACCUCGACGCCAGCGCCCCGGGCCUGCGCUCCCACUACUGGGGGUCGGCUCUCCGUCAGAGGUUGAGCGGCAUCGAAGCCUGGGCGGAGAGGCAAGGCCUGGAGCUGGCUGCCGAUUGCCACCUGGGACGCGUCAUCCAGGCAACAAUGCUCCUGACCAUGAACAAAUACACCUUGCAAGAUGUGAAAGAGAUCCAGAACACCUGUUUCAAGUUGAAUUCACUGCAGCUGCGGGCUUUGCUAGCGGGAUACUUUUACGCACCCAAUGAGCCUCGCAUCCCAGCGGAUUUGAUCGAUGCCGCGGCGGCGGCCGCGGAGGCUUCGGCGGACAACCUGAUUCGGCAGGAAGGCCGAGACAUCCGGAUGGAGGAGGACCUCGACCUCCGCCUGCCCUUCCUGAUGCCGGAUGGCGGAUAUUCCUGUGACGGCGUGACAGGAAUCCCUCCUGGCUUUCGCGAGUUUCUGGAGCCCAUUUGCCAGAGAGGUCUCUGCCAUUUAACCUCCCAGCAGAACCCGAAAGGUGAUUGGACCAUCUUCUUCACUGAACCAGGAACUCCAUACUUGGACAACCAGAGAGAGCCAGAGACUCUUACGGUCACCCUGAAGAAACCUCUCAACAGUGGCAUGGGGGUCAGCAUUGUGGCUGCCAAGGGAGCAGGCCAAGACCACCUUGGGAUUUACAUCAAGUCGAUUGUCAAGGGAGGACCGGCUGAGAUGAACGGCCUGCUGACGCCGGGCGACCAGCUGCUCAGCGCGGACGGCCAAAGCCUGCUCGGCCUCAGCCAGGAAAGGGCGGCAGCGAUCAUGAUGCAAACCGGCCCUAUUGUGACCUUAGAAGUGGCGAAGUUUGGCGCCAGCUACCACGGCCUCGGUGCUCUGCUGGGCGAUCCCGCCCCCGCUGGGACUGCAGAGGGGGAUAACAGCCACGUCGAAGCAAACCGCAAGGAGAUGCUUCUGUACCCUGUCGAGGAUCCCGGUCUAUCGGAGCAGCCCGAGGGUCGGCGCAGCCGCGGCGGGAAAAUGAAAGUGCAGAUCAUGCAGAAGAACAGGCAAUUUUAUCGCUCCAACCCCAACAUGGCCGAUUUCGCCCUGGAGGAUGGAGAUGAGCUCGCCAAUCGAGACGUGCGAGCGAACAAGUCGGUUUCCAACCUUUGCGCUGAUACAUUUCACCGAGAAUAUCUGACGCUCCCAACCCCGAAAUCUCAGGACAAAAACACAUCUGCAUCCGGUCGACCGCGGCAAAUGUUUCAGGUGUCUCUGAGGCCUUUGGCAGGACAGAGUUCUGUCCACAAAAGGACCUUGAUGCGUCAAGCUCUGUCACAGGAGAACUUGCGCGUGGACACAGGAGGCCCCCUGCUGGACACAAGUCAAACUAUCUGGCAGGGCCUGGGCACCAAGCAAAACUACCACUCGCACCUUCCGAUUCGCCCUAGCUUCUCCACUCAAAACAUCCUCGCUGACAACUGCUGUCCGGUCAAAGGGCAGCAGGGAACCCGCGCCGGAGUCUGGAGGACCCCCUUUUCGCAACAGCCCACGCCGAUCCCCUCGAUCCAGCCCGUACGCAUCGACAUCCCUGUGACCGGGGGCAUCGUUUCUCACGCCAAUCCUCCGCUGACCACAUUCCAACACCGUUCCUGUCUGGUGACACACCUCAAAGUAAACGGACACUCGAAUCAAAGGAGCCCGAAACCUGCCACCAGCUACGCGUGUCCCGUCCCUGCCGCCAAGCAGCGACCACGGACCUCGCGGCUAUCCCAGCAACACGCGGCAAAACCUCAAGUGAGCAUCACUCCGACUAAGCACGUUUCCUUCCAAGAACCGCCGAGCCAACAGGGGCAAAACGCUGGUCCGGUAGAGCCCAAAGACCUCCGGGAACCAAACGAGAAGCCAAAGCUGAACGAGGUCGAGCUCCUGGAGCGGGAGGUGAGGGCGCUUCAGGGCAAGGCCGAGCGCAGCGCUCGGGAGACCGAGCGACUUGGCAAUCUGAGUCUGGAGUGGCAGUUUCAGAAGAGGCUGCGAGAGAUCCAGCAACGGGGGGAGGACGAGGACGACGAGGACUUGGACAUGAUGGUGAUGAUACAAGAGCUGGAGAAAAGAGCUCAGAAAAAGAGAAGCCCACCAGGGAAUGCAAAUGACAAUUUGAAAGAGCAGACUAAAAGUCUUGCCACCACCCCAAAGGUUGAGAAAACAGAUGAUAUAUUAAGUGGACGGCUACAGGACAACAUGGUGUUUGCAGAGUGCCGGGAAGACAAAACACAGAAGAUGUCAGCCCCCGAGAAGCUGCCAUUCAAGGAGCGCCAGCGUCUGUUUUCUCUGGCAUCCAGUGCAUAAUUGGAGGCUGACGCCUCGACAAACAUUUCAUCCAUCCAUUUUGUGUAUAAAAAAAAAAAAUCCCCAUACAAAGAUAUGUCAAUACAGAUGUUAGGCUUAGACCCAAGGGUUAAGGUUAGGGUUAGACCCUAACCUAACCCUAAAACAUGUUAGACUUUUACUAUGGCACUACACUUGAUCUUCGUAUCCGUCAACGUCCCUUUCUUAAUAGCUUGAUCCAAUCUAAUGUCUCAAUUGUGUUCUCAAAUAAAGCAUUAAAUCUA